UUAGCAUCCCGUUAUUACUUUGUCCCUUGCCUGUGCUACAUAUAGUUCAUAACCAGCAAUAUGAUAUGAUUUUCAGUGUUUCUUAAUUCUUUCUCUCCUCCUCAGAAGCCUUGUUUUCUUUAUUUGAAUUUCUCCUUUUUGGGGUACAAGAAAAGGGUAAGAGUUGAGAGAUAAAGGGAUCGUUCAUAUUCAUUUAGUAUACCAACAUGGCUGUGGCUGAUGCAUUUGAUGAAGAGUGUGAUUACUUGUUCAAGGCUGUUCUGAUUGGGGACUCUGGAGUUGGGAAAUCAAAUCUGAUUUCAAGGUUUGCAAAAGAUGAAUUCAGGUUAGAUUCCAAGCCAACCAUAGGUGUGGAAUUUGCUUACAGGAACAUUAAGGUCAGGGACAAGCUUAUCAAAGCACAAAUAUGGGACACUGCAGGCCAAGAGAGGUUUAGAGCUAUCACAAGCUCAUACUACAGAGGAGCGUUGGGGGCAAUGCUAGUCUAUGACAUAACCAGGAGAGCAACUUUUGUGAAUGUAAGAAAAUGGUUACAUGAAUUAAGAGAGUUUGGAGAAGACAUGGUGGUUAUUUUGGUUGGAAACAAAUCUGAUUUGGGUCAAUCAAGGGAAGUUGAGAAAGAAGAAGGAAAAGGGUUUGCACAAACAGAAGGGUUAUGUUUCAUGGAAACCUCUGCUUUGCAAAAUAUGAAUGUUGAUGAAGCAUUCUUAGAAAUGAUCACUAAGAUCCAUGACAUCAUAAGCCAGAAAAGUUUGGAAACCAAAAUUAAUGGGACAACAUUAAAUCUUCCUAGUGGGAAGGAGAUACAUGUAGCCGAUGAAGUCACUGCUACUAAACAAGCUAAUUGUUGUUCAUCAUGAUAU